CCCAAGCAGCUGGAGGGGACGGUGGCCAAGAGCACCUUCAUCGCUAUCCAGCCUGAUGGGGUCCAACGCAGCGUGGGCCUCAAGUGCUUAAAGCCAAAGGGAUUCUGCCUCAUUGCUAUGAAAUUAAUUCGGGCUUUUGAAGACCUUCUCAAGGAACAACACUAUGUGCACCUGAAGGACCGUGUGUUCUUUGCCGGCCUGGCGAGGUGCUUGCAAUCAGGGCCUGUGGGUGCCAGGGUCUGGGAGGGGCUGAAAGUGCUGAAGACAGGUCACGUGAUGCUCAGGGAGACCAGCCCUGCGGACUCCAAGCCUGGGACCAUCCGUGGGGACUUCUGCACCCGAGCUGGCGGGAACAUUAUCCAUGGCUGUGAUUCCUCAGAGGGUGCGGGGAAGGAGACCGGCCUGUGGUUUGGGCCCUAGGAGCUGGUGGAUUAGAAGAGCUGUGCUCAGAACUGGACCCACAAGGAAUGA